AUGUUUGAUGCGUUUAGUCUCCAUCAAGAACUAAGUAAUAUUGAUCUAUACUUAGAAGUUGAAGUCAAUGGCAUUAAAAAUCACAUAGAGAUAACACCAAGAUGUCGAGAAACUUUUUCGAUAGAACAAGAAAGGGACACAACUUUAUCACAGGCUAUGAUUCAUACUAAUGGUGUGUCAGACAUGAUUCAAAAUGAGGACUUCGACAUGAUUUCACACUUUUCCGUUGUGACCAAUGGAAUUGAUAGUGGAUUUGACAUGGACAAUGAAGACGAUGAAAUUGGUCAAGAAGAUUUAUAUGAUAAUGAUAAUGAUAGUGAAGGAGAUGCAAAUGUAGAGGGAGAUGGCAUUAAGGCACCAACUGGUUUUACAAGUUUAGAAGGAAUAGAUGUGGCUAAUGUUGACAAUUGGAUGAUGUCACACUCUGAAAAUACAAGUGAUUUAAUUCAAGAGUUAGGAGAAAACUCUUUUAAAAGUAAGGAAGAACUUAUCAGAACCAUCAAGCUCUACACGAUUAGGAAGCACCGACAAUAUGAGGUUAUUGAAACAUGUCCAACUAUAUGGAAGAUAAGAUGCAAGUUAUGUUCACAAACUGGUUGUAAGUGGCAAUUGCGUGCAUGUAAAUGUCAGCGUAGUGGGUAUUUUGAGAUAACACGAUACACAGGUCCACAUACUUGUUUUCAAAAUAUGAUUACUCAAGACCACCCAAAUCUAGAUGCAAGCUUGAUAACUCAAGAAACAGAGCACCUUAUUAAGGAACAACCAUCUAUUAGUGUCCCUACUUUGAGAGCCGAAAUAAUUGAUAAAUUAGGAUACACUCCUUCAUACAGGAAGGUUUGGUUAGGAAAGCAGAAGGCGAUUGAACGAAUAUAUGGAAUCUGGGAGGAAUCUUAUAUUAUUUUACCAAAAUUUCUUACUACACUCCAAUAUUUUAAUCUUGUAACUAUAGUUGAAUGGUAUUGUUUGCGACAUUUCGUCAACAACUUCCAUGACAAGUUUCGUAACUCACAAUUGAAAGUUUUAGCUUACCGUGCUGGGAGUCAGAACCAAGUUCGUACGUUCAACUCCAUUAUGGAAGAAAUUGGAAAACUAAAUGCACAAGCUCGCCAAUGGAUCGAGGGGCACUCACUUUGUAGAUGGACACUUGCACAUGAUUGUGGAAAGCGUUAUGGAUUGCUCACUACAAAUAUGUCAGAGAUUUUCAACAGUGUACUUAAAGGUGCUCGUUUUUUUACCAAUCACUUCAUGUGUCCAACUUACAUUCUAUAG